AGUAGUUCGUGUAUUCAGGAAGUGGACUUUCGUGUUUAUUUAUUUUCGAUGUUAACAGCUUUGGGCGCUUUGAAGUUGACCUGUAGUUUUAAUGCCACUCUUGUAAUGAAGUAAUCGCGUCUAAAGUGAUUCUUUUAGUGAAUAUUUUGAGAUUAUUUCAUCUACAAGCUUCAGAAAAUGGAAUUCAACUAAUGCAUUGCAUAGUCAUGGAUUGGUGCAGAAAUGUGAUGGCGGUAUAAAAAAUUUCUUUGGAAAAUGUCGAACCGGAACUACCCUCUACCACAAUUACUAUUCGCCAUGGAUAUGCUGCCUCUGGAUGGUGAACAUUUUCGUAAUAAUAAUAAUCAAGAUACUCUGUGGCAUUUGCGAGAUCGUCUUUUCCAUGUCUUAUUUGAAAGAGCUACAGUUGCUUAUGCCACAACUUUUCCAAAAUGUUUUCGGAAGUUCUUAGAAAUUGUGUUCUUAGUUUCAGCUGUGAUAUCUCUUUUUACUCUUGCAUAUAUUCAUAUGGCAUUUGUUCAAGUCCCAGUUAAUUGCUUAGAAACAGAAACUCAAACAUGGUCUCGUGAAGGAGUAUUAAGAGUCGAAAUAUCUCUGGAAGAACCAACCACAGACUCAGUUGACAUGUCUCAUUAUUGCAAUGACAUGAAACAGCCACCUUUGCGAAAUCCAGUCAUACCUUCAAGUGAUUCUUCAAAAACUGUAGAGACUAUUGAAAAUCAAAUGAAACUUGCAACUGCUAAUUCAGAAUUAGCUAGUGAUAAUGGUAUAGAAAAUUUAGAAUUAGAUGCUGAAAAGACCCCUGAAUUUAUCAAUAGAACCUUAGAGUUUAAAGACAGUGUGUCUGAUCCAGAUUGCCUAUCUCCUCUAAGAACUAUGUUGUCUGACAUGGAAAUGUUUACAAAUACUGUGUGGCCCCAAGAUGAAUACAUUAUUGAAUAUUCCUUGGAAUAUGGAUUUCUAAGAUUAUCCACAGCAGCUAGGCAAAAUACAAGCGUUAAAGUGUUAACUGUUACACUAGAUCCUUUAAAAGACAAGUGCUUUGGAAAUUAUCUAAGUCAGUUUGUUCUUAAGUAUGUUGUUGGUUAUGGAGAUGUAUUAAUGAGUAGUUUAAAGUAUUUAGUCGACAAAGAUGAAAAUAAAGGUUUUGUCAGGAAUGUAGUUACUGGAGAGAAUUAUCGAUUUGUCGAUAAAAGCACUACCUGGACGGCAUACUUUCCAGCAGCUUUUAUUAUGAUGGUGUUUACUCUAUCAAUUUCAAUGUUGUUGCGAUAUUCUCAUCAUCAGAUCUUCAUGUUCAUAGUUGAAUUGCUCCAUGUAUUUGAAUUUAACACCAGUGUCAGUUUCCCUGCUGCUCCAUUAUUGACUGUUGUUUUAGCUUUAGUUGGGAUGGAAGCUAUUAUGUCGGAGUUUUUCAAUGAUUCUUCAACUGCAUUUUACGUCAUUUUAAUUGUGUGGAUUGCUGAUCAGUAUGACACAAUAUGCUGUCACACACCAGUCAGUAAAAGACACUGGUUAAGGUUUUUCUACUUAUAUCACUUUGCUUUUUAUGCUUACCAUUAUCGUUUCAAUGGGCAGUAUAGCAAUCUUGCACUUGCUACAUCCUGGCUUUUUAUUCAGCAUUCCAUGCUUUUCUUCUUUCAUCGGUAUGAGCUCCCUGCUGUCGUGCGUUCAAAUGAACCACUACUAGAGAACGGGCAUAAUAAUUCUCCACAAAUAGAAAAUGAUAGCUUGCCAUCUGACGCAGGUGCUGCAACUGAGAAUCAGCAGGAGCAUAGCCAAAGCCCCCUUCGCUCUAGAACUCAAAGCAAUCAAGAUAACUCCAGCACCUCCAGUGCAGCUUCAACUAGUACAAAUAAUGAUAGUGACUCUUGUACGUCUGGAGCUUCCUUAGAGAACGGCAGAAAGGCAUCUUCAAAGAAAGAAGAAACUUGUUUGCAAGCUUGUCGGCCCCAGCUAGUUUCCUAGGAUGUCUCUUCUUCGUCAUUUAAACUAAUUUAUUUAUAGUUCUAUAUGAAAACUCUCAUAAUUAUAAGACUCGCAUAAACUUCGUACUUUUAGGAAAAAUAUUAUAAUAAUUAUUAUUAACAUUGCUUAAUUUAUGUUCUUUUUCUGUCAAAUGUUCUGAAUUUGGUGAUUGGAAAUUUUUGAUUUCUUUGAUUUUAAUUGAAAAUUACGAAUCCAUUUCAGAAAUAUAUAGGUGUAAAUAUAUGCAAUAUCCAUAACAAUGUUUUUUUUGUCAUUUUCCAGAUCCUUAAAUGUGUUGUGUUACAUGUUAGUUACUGUUUUUUUUUUUAAAUCUGAUUUUUGAUGAACUGUCAUCUUUGUUUUUCUGCAUUGGAUAUUUUUUUUUUCAUUUCUGCCGUCUGCGGGUAAAUGGCAUUAUCUGCAGAAAUCAGUCUUUGAAAUACUUGAAGAAACGCAUUUUAGAAUCAAUACUAAUAAUAGGAAAAUGUUUGAUUUAGACUUUUUUUGCGCUUUUUUUCAGCGGAAACCAAAUAAGCAAGCUUGUACAAUAAAGCUAAUGUACAAUGUGUUAAUGGACAAAGAUGCAAAAAACAUGAUUUUGUAGUUACUGCUCUUUACUUUCCCAUGGUAGAUUUGAUUAAGGUAAGUAUGUUCCUUUUUAAAAAUAAAAAAUGUGUGCAUGUUCGUGGGAAUUUACUUUUUAGAUUCACAUAUGAGGACGAAUUCAAAACUGCAUCUCAUCACAUAUUUAUUCACUUAAGAUAUUUCUUAAAAGAAUAUUCAAUUUGUGAAUAAGAUUUACAUCUUAUAAUUAAGUUAAAGUGAAUUAUUUAUUCUGCGUUUUUAUUUGUGUCAUUUGAAUCCAUUUUAAGUCAAAUUCUUUUAUGAAAUGUUGAUUUUAGUGUUUCAUUUAGUUUUUAAUUCAAUGAGAAGUGAAGUUUUAAAAAUUUCAAUUCCUUGAGUGUGUAAUUGAGUUACCAUUGUUGCUGUUUUUAUGUAUGUAGUGUGUUACAUGCUUUUAUUUGUAGAUUGCAAUCAUCAGUAGAACAUGCUUCAUGUUAUUGUGGGAACUUGGGACUUCCCAUAUGUAGUGAAAGUUACAUAAAUCAAGAUUCUUUGCAGCCACAUUUCUAGUGUUUAAAUUUUAGCUAUAUAUUAUUGAUGCAUAUUUUAUGUUUCAGUGGCAUAUAGUAAAGUAUUUAAAUUUAUUAAAAUAUAAAUUAUUACUUUAUCAUGGAAUGGUAUUAUUUUGUGCAAAUUAAUAUGUCUGAAUCUGAAAUAAAUAAAAGAAUUUUAGUCAAAAA